ACUCCCCAAAAGGGUAGGCGGUUCCUAAAGCCACACGGAGAAAGACACACACACACACAUAUACACACACACACACACAAAUACACACACGCGGGACUAGGGGAACGCACUCAAACCACACUCUAGUCAGGUCAAAGUUACUGAAAACUGCUGCUUUUGAGGUCUGACAGGUGGAAUGACCAACUAUCCAUCGCACUCCAAUGGUAUGCAGAGUCUCCGGAAAGAGCACCUGUAUAAGGUGCUGGUCAUCGGAGACCUGGGAGUCGGGAAGACUUCCAUCAUCAGGCGCUACGUCCACCACACCUACUCCACCAACUACCGGGCCACGAUCGGAGUUGACUUCGCUCUGAAAGUGUUAAACUGGGAUUCGGAGACGGUCCGGCUUCAGCUGUGGGACAUCGCAGGUCAGGAACGUUUUGGGAACAUGACGCGAGUGUACUACCGUGAAGCCAUGGGAGCCUUCAUAGUGUUCGACGUGACACGGCCAACAACCUUUGAGGCUGUCAUUAAGUGGAAAGAAGACCUGGAUUCUAAACUAAUGCUGGCUAAUGGGAAGAGCAUUGCCACUGUACUGCUGGCUAAUAAGUGUGACCAGGGCAGGGAGUUGACCAACAAUGGCAUCAAAAUGGACCAGUUCUGCAAGGACCACGGCUUUGUUGGUUGGUUUGAGACUUCUGCCAAGGACAAUCUCAACAUCAGUGACGCUGCAAACUUCCUAGUCAAGCACAUCAUGGCUACAGAAAAUGACAUCCUGAAAACUGUGGUGCCCGACACCAUCUCCCCGCAGCUCGACCCCAACAACCAGAUGAGCUGUUCUGGCUGCUUCAAAUAAUGAAAGGACGGCUCAGUGUCAGAACUGAAAAAAGACUGGAUGCACAGCAGGACUAAGAGGCAAAACCACGCCGCUGAAUCUUGCAAGGAAAUCUACAUGUUAGUAGCAUUAGAAAUAGUAGCGUCUACUAUGAAACAGUUGGGGCUCUUUGGUCCAAACUGCAGUUGAACAUUUGAGUUUGUUGCGCUUUUGUGGAGCAAACCAAAGCUUGCAGACUGAAGCCACUUGAAGUUGCUCAUUUACUUAACAAUGCAACAGUUUUUUUGUAACUUGCUAUCCUGCGAGUGUGAAGUUUUUGGCAGAUAAUGAAAACAGCACUGCUGUCCGUGCUGUUGGUCACAAUGUGGUGUGUUGGGCUGAAGAGCAGAGAUAAAGAUCUAUGCUCAGCUCUGCCUGCUUUACAAAAAAGAUCAGAUUAAACUUCAACAACAGCUUGUUUUGAAGAAGACCAGGAACAUCUUCACCUCCAUAACCUGAAUGGUAUGAAAGUUCUCCCAGUAUGCUUGAUGUAAUACAGCUAAAGGGCACAGUAAAAACACACAUCUUGUUGAACUUAAAUUUGCUUUUUAGACAGGCUUUCUUUAAUAUUACUCUGCACUAGCCAAAGAAUCCAGUAUUGACCUAUUUCAGAGGAUCCCAGAUUUACUGUUGUUUUAGCAAUGCGAAUUUUGCACAAUAAUUUUUUUCUUAUCAAUUUCUAAGUUGCUUAUAGUGUGCUUUGAGUGUUUACUGCUGGGUAAUGUACCAAGAUAAACUGCUUCAGAUCUGUCCUACAACUAACAAACCUUGCUUGAUUUGUCGUUUUAAGUGACAACACAUUCAUAUCUAUAGCAACAGCUCGGUCGUGACAAGAAGCUGCGAAGAAACAGAGGGAAAUGCUUAGGCGCACAAACAUCCUGGAGCCUGCCUGGUAUAAGCAGGCUUUUAUGGCCAGUGAACAGGCGUGCUGGAGCAAUUCAGAUUCAUGUGGUCAAAGAUUUCCCAGACGUGUCUGUGUUAAUAGAAGGGGAGUGGUUGUCAUACUGCCUAACAUUGAGUUUUAGAGCUAUCUAGCUGCAACAUCUAAAUGGUAAAUCGACUGCAGCCGUAUUCCACUCAUAGUGCCGUACACUACGAGCCACACUCACAUGCUAUCUUACCCGAGGACAGUUCAUAAUUUCAGCUGGAGCUGUGGACUGAACCGUCAACCUUCUGAUUAGCAAAAUUUGUUAGUUUGGCCCACGCUGCCUCCUGAGUCACACUUUUCUCAGAAGUGAUUAUUAAGUGUAUGUGUGUGUAAUUUUUCUUCAUCAGAACCUAACCCCUUGUAUCCAUGGUAACUGGAGUCUUUUUGGAGUAUCCUCCAACAUCUUUGUGAAGCUAUUUCUCUCUGUAUGCAGGCACACAUCAAUGCUUAUACCCACAUAGACACAUUUCUCCAGUCUCCACGUCCGUGUUCCUUUUCUCCUUCUUCCCUGCUUCAUUUUUUUUUUUUAUUGUUUCUCUGUUUUCUCUCCAUCAACCAUUUCUAGAUUCCUUCUUUUAUGUUAUCUGCUUUUUUCUCUACAUUCUUUCAUUUGUUGAUUUACACACGUACUACGUACUGCUCAUUAUACUGUAUACAGUAUCUACUACAUACCCUGGGAUUUUCUAUUUAACCCGAUCGCCUUCCACUGACCCGGCUCCUCUGUAUUACUUGCUAGGAUUAUCCUCUAAAUUUGUGCCAAUCUUUUUUUUUCUUUCUGUGACUUAUGACUGCAAAGAUUUGUGGCCUGAUAUAAAUUUCAAUUAGGUCUCUGAUCUGGAUCAGCCAAUUAAUCUGGAUUAAAUCAAGUGAACUGCUUGGUCUGUUGACAUUUCCACAAAUGUACUAUUGGGCAUUCUUUCCAUAGUUCGCCAGGAUUUAUACAACAGCGUCAUGUGUUAGUGUUCGAGGGUUUAUUUUAUUUUAUUUAUUUUUUGGUAAUUUACAGCAUGCACGAGGGUGGAUUUAAACAAUGUCCUCUCCACAGAAAAAUGUCACAAUUUUAGUAUGGCUCAUCAUGAGGGUGUGUGACGUCACACAUCAUGAGUUAUCAGAAUAGCAGCGUCACACUCCAUAGGCACGAGACAGUGUGUCGUGAGAAAUCAUUGGUGAUGUGUUUGAGAAGUAAAGAAAGCCUUAACACCACUAAUUCAGUUAUUAUUCCAUGUGCAGAUUGUACUUGUGUAUUUAUUUUUUAAAGCUGUGAAAUGAAUUAACACACAUAAACCAUAUUAUCUGUUAUUGUAACGCUUUCACAAAACUUCACAAAACUGUGUCUUCAAAGUAUAUUUCUCCUGUUUGACCUGGAACAAACUCUGUUUUCUGUUCACUCUGAGGAUCACUGUGAGGGAGUGAGCAGAAAAUCAGUGUUUAACUUUUAUUAAACUAAUAAAA